UGUGGGUAACAAAAAUCCAAGAUGGCGGAAAAUGGCGCCAGUUUCAAGUUGUCGACUGUAGAAAAGAUCGUCAAGCAUCACUUUCAGGACAACGGCAAGACCAGAAUGAACACGGACUCCGUCAAGCUGACGACGGAGCUGCUGCGACUGUUUGUGCUGGAAAUGGCGGCCCGCUCUUGUGACCAGGCUCGGUCGGAGGGCGCGGAAACAGUGGAGGUCGAACACUUGGAGAAGAUCCUUCCGCAACUCUUGCUGGAUUUCUGAUGAAGCGACGUGAUAAUUUUGAUGUUUAUGGAACUC